CACUGGCUAAGUGGGGUUUGCUGUUGCAAAGAGCUCUGAACUGCACCUGAACUUGGAAGAGAUGGCACCAGGCAAGAAGGGUAUUCUGGAGCGUCUGAAUGCGGGUGAAGUUGUCAUCGGUGAUGGAGGAUUUGUGUUCGCUCUGGAGAAGAGAGGUUACGUGAAGGCUGGGCCAUGGACUCCUGAGGCCACUGUCACUCAUCCAGAGGCCGUGCGUCAGCUGCACAGGGAGUUCCUGAGAGCAGGGGCUAAUGUCAUGCAAACCUUCACAUUCUACGCCAGUGAUGAUAAACUGGAGAACAGAGGAAACAACCUGCGUCUCACUGGACAACAGAUCAAUGAAGCUGCCUGUGACCUGGCCAGGGAGGUUGCCAAUGAGGGUGAUGCUUUGGUUGCUGGUGGAGUCUGUCAGACUCCCUCUUAUCUCAGCUGCAAGAGUGAGGUGGAGGUGAAGGCCAUCUUCAAGAAACAGAUUGAUGUGUUUGUUAAGAAAAAUGUGGACUUCCUGAUAGCUGAGUACUUUGAACAUGUUGAGGAAGCAGAAUGGGCAGUACAGGUCCUGAAGACCACUGGAAAACCUAUUGCUGCUUGCUUGUGUAUUGGACCUGAAGGAGACCUAAAUGGUGUCAGCCCUGGAGACUGUGCUGUCAAGCUGGUUAAGGCUGGUGCUCAGAUCGUCGGAAUCAACUGCCACUUUGAUCCCAUGACUUGCGUGGAGACCGUCAGGCUCAUGAAGCAGGGUGUGGAACGUGCUGGGCUGAGGGCACACUACAUGGUUCAGCCCCUGGCCUAUCACACCCCAGACUGCAACCGCCAAGGCUUCAUCGACCUCCCCGAGUUCCCGUUUGCUCUGGAGCCCAGAAUUCUGACCAGAUGGGACAUGCACAAAUAUGCGAGAGAGGCCUACAAUGUCGGCAUACGCUUCAUUGGAGGAUGCUGUGGGUUUGAACCCUACCACAUCCGUGCUGUGGCAGAAGAACUGGCCUCAGAGAGGGGUUUCUUACCUCCCGCCUCUGAGAAGCAUGGUCUAUGGGGUAGUGGAUUGGAGAUGCACACCAAACCCUGGGUCAGAGCAAGGUCCCGACGUGAAUAUUGGGAGAAGAUCAGACCGGCUUCUGGACGUCCUAAAUGCCCUUCACUGUCUACACCCGAAAGUUGGGGGAUCACCAAAGGUCACGCUGACCUCAUUCAGCACAAGGAGGCCACCUCAGCGCAGGAGAUCCAACACCUGCUGGAGAUGCAACAAAAAGCAAGGACAAAGUAAAGGGAAACUUCUGAGGUUAUGAUCUUUGCUUUCCUCAAAGGCUUUAGAUGAAAAAGAAUGAUGUAUGUGGGUGAGUGAGUGAGCCAGUGAUUGAGUGAGUCAGUGAAUGGGUUGGGUGGGAAUGGUGAGAAGACAGUCACUUCAUCCAAUCUUCCUGUUAGCACUUGUAAACAAUACGUUUCUGUGAUGCCGUGUUUCGCUCUGUAUUAUUUGAGUUUGGCAACAAUAAACUGACCUUUGAGACUCAA